AUGGCAGACGUGCAUAUGGGAUCAGAGUCAGAGACCUUCGCUUUCCAAGCGGAGAUCAACCAGCUCUUGAGCUUGAUCAUCAACACUUUCUACAGUAACAAAGAGAUCUUCCUUCGUGAGCUCAUCAGCAACGCUUCUGAUGGGAGAUUGGCAUUGGAUAAGAUCCGAUUUGAGAGUUUAACGGACAAGAGCAAACUCGAUGCUCAGCCGGAGCUCUUUAUCAGAAUCAUCCCUGAUAAAGCCAAUAAAACCCUUUCUAUCGUGGAUAGUGGCAUUGGCAUGACCAAAGCAGAUUUGGUAAAAAAUUUGGGGACAAUUGCGAGGUCUGGAACAAAGGAGUUCAUGGAGGCAUUACAAGCUGGAGCUGAUGUCAGCAUGAUUGAGAAGGUGAUUGUCACCUCAAAGCACAAUGAUGAUGAUCAAUAUGUUUGGGAGUCUCAGGCAGGUGGAUCUUUUACUGUCACCCGGGAUGUGGGUGGUGAACCUCUUGGCAGAGGUACCAAAAUCACCCUGUUCCUUAAAGAAGAUCAGUUGGAGCACUUGGAGGAGAGGAGGAUAAAGGACCUCGUGAAGAAGCAUUCUGAGUUUAUCAGCUAUCCAAUUUACCUAUGGACUGAGAAGACUACUGAAAAGGAGCUCAGUGAUGAUGAAGAUGAGGACACGAAGAAGGAAGAGGAAGGUGAUGUGGAGGAUGUUGAUGAGGAUAAGGAAAAGAAAUCAAAGAAGAAGAAGGUUAAGGAGGUGACCCAUGAGUGGCAACUUAUCAACAAGCAGAAACCAAUUUGGUUGAGAAAGCCAGAGGAGAUUACGAAGGAGGAAUAUGCAUCGUUCUAUAAGAGUCUCACAAAUGAUUGGGAGGAUCACCUUGCUUUGAAGCACUUUUCUGUUGAGGGACAGCUUGAGUUCAAGGCAAUCCUGUUUGUGCCCAAGAGGGCCCCGUUUGAUCUCUUUGACACAAGGAAGAAGUUGAACAAUAUUAAGCUUUAUGUUAGGAGAGUGUUCAUCAUGGACAACUGUGAAGAACUCAUUCCUGAAUAUCUGUCAUUUGUCAAGGGCGUUGUGGACUCUGAUGAUCUCCCUUUGAAUAUCUCUCGUGAAAUGCUGCAGCAGAACAAGAUUCUUAAAGUGAUUAGAAAGAAUCUGGUGAAGAAAUGCAUUGCGAUGUUUUUUGAGAUUGCCGAGAACAAAGAGGACUACACCAAGUUCUAUGAAGCUUUCUCCAAGAACAUCAAGCUGGGCAUUCAUGAAGAUAGCCAGAAUAGGGCUAAGCUUGCUGACUUGCUAAGGUAUUAUUCUACGAAGAGUGGUGAUGAGAUGACCAGCUUGAAGGACUAUGUUACUAGGAUGAAGGAAGGCCAGAAAGAUAUCUACUACAUCACUGGUGAGAGCAAGAAAGCUGUUGAGAACUCACCAUUCCUUGAGAAACUCAAGAAGAAGGGAUAUGAAGUGCUGUUCAUGGUUGAUGCUAUUGACGAAUAUGCUGUUGGACAAUUGAAGGAGUACGAUGGAAAGAAGCUAGUGUCUGCAACUAAAGAAGGGCUCAAGCUUGAUGAGGAAUCUGAAGAAGAGAAGAAGAAGAAGGAGGAGAAGAAGAAGUCCUUUGAAAACCUUUGCAAGACGAUCAAAGAGAUUCUAGGAGAAAAGGUUGAGAAGGUUGUUGUGUCUGACAGAAUUGUAGACUCUCCUUGCUGUUUGGUCACUGGAGAAUACGGAUGGACGGCCAACAUGGAGAGAAUCAUGAAGGCCCAGGCUCUGAGAGACAACAGUAUGAGCGCUUACAUGUCUAGCAAAAAGACAAUGGAAAUCAACCCAGACAACGGCAUAAUGGAGGAGCUAAGGAAGAGGGCUGAAGUUGACAAAAAUGAUAAGUCAGUCAAGGACUUGGUACUGCUGCUCUACGAGACUGCUCUUUUGACUUCUGGUUUCAGCUUGGAUAAUCCCAACACAUUUGCAGCAAGAAUUCACAGGAUGUUGAAGCUGGGUUUGAGCAUUGAUGAUGAUGACACUGCCGAUGCCGAUGAUGUUGAUAUGCCAUCUUUGGAGGAAGAGAGGAACGAGGAGAGCAAGAUGGAAGAGUGGUUUGUCCCAUGGCCAUGUACUAUUUACCCUGUUGAGAGAUGUUACAUCUGA